CGUUCGAUGGAAAUCCAUACAGAACUCACCGACGCCAGCACAAUGGCCAGAUCUCCGGCUUCCCAGAAACACUUGCCGUCUAAAGUCAGGGUAAUAGCAAGGUUACGCCCAUUUCUCCCCUCUGAAAUCGCUGCCAGAGGUGGAAAUUCAGCCCCAUGCAUCUCCGCUCUCGAUCCAGAUUGUGGGUCUGACGAAGAAGUUGUCGUUCAUCUCAAAGAUCACGAGUCCAGCCGGAAGGAAUGUUAUAAGUUAGAUUCGUUCUUCGGUCAAGAGAACGACAAUGUGACUCAGAUCUUCCACAAAGAGGUCAGCCCUUUGAUCAAUGGGAUUUUUGGUGGCUUCAAUUCUACUGUUUUUGCUUAUGGCGCAACUGGAAGCGGAAAGACUUACACGAUGCAGGGAUCUGAAGAGCUACCGGGUCUCAUGCCUCUGGCCAUGUCAACAGUUCUCUCUAUGUGCAAGAACACUGGAAGUACAGUAGAAAUUUCUUACUACGAAAUAUACAUGGACAGGUGUUUUGAUCUUUUGGAACCCAAAGCCAAAGAGAUUUCUCUGUUGGAGGACAAGGAUGGGCAAGUUCAGCUCAGGGGACUUUCCAGGAUACCUGUAAGCUCAAUGUUUGAGUUCCAUCAAAUUUUUGCGCACACAAGUCUUAAUGACAUCUCAAGUAGAAGCCAUGGAGUGCUUGUGAUUUUUAUUUCUUCAGCUUCAGAGGAUGGUUCUAAGGCUCUUGUUAGAGGAAAGCUGAACCUCAUAGAUUUGGCAGGAAAUGAAGACAAUAGGAGGACCUACAAUGAGGGAAUUCGCCUGCAAGAGAGCGGAAAAAUCAACCAGUCCCUUUUUGCCUUGUCUAAUGUCAUCUACGCUCUCAACAACAAUAAAGCCAGAGUACCAUAUCGCGAAAGCAAACUGACCCGGAUAUUGCAGGACUCUCUUGAAGGGAUGAGUAGUUGUUUGAUGGUUGUUUGUUUGAAUCCAGGAGAGUACCAGGAAUCAGUUCACACUAUUAGCUUAGCAGCUCGAUCGCGUCAGAUUUCAAAUUAUUUUUCUUCAGAUAAAAAACAAGAUACUACAAAGGAAAAAGUUGACAUGGAAGCAAAGCUACAGGCUUGGCUAGAAUCAAAAGGAAAGACAAAGAGUGUACAAAGAACAGUGGCACCUUGUUCUCCAUUUUCAAUCAAAACUCCCAGUUAUAUGAGUUAUUUUAAGAGAACCAAGCUGCAUCAAACUCCUGCAAAAGGAAAGGCUACUGGCAUUCAAACAGAAUCAGCUUCCAAAGGGAGAAACCUAUGCAAUUCUGGAGCUCUAGUUGCACCUUCAAUGGAGGACAUGGGCCUUAAGACAACGGAGGAAUGCUUAGAAGGCAGUGAUGCUACAACAAGCAUGCUCAGUGUUCUAGAAUCAGUAACUUUACCUGGUGAGACUUUGGACAAAGUAAAGAAGACAACCAUGCCAUCUUUCAACACUGUGGGAUCAUCACCAAAUCGUAAACCUUUGGGCAAGGAUGAUAACAUAAGAGCAACCAUCCCAUCUACCAACUCUCUAGGAUCACCACCAACUAAUGAUAGGAUUAGAGAACUACAAAAUUCUAUAAGAAAAAUUCUUUCUCCCAUCAACCCCAAUAUAAACACGAAAACCCUUGAAGACCUCUCAUCCAAAGACAGAGUAUGUUUAGUUUUCUUUGAGCCCACGACUCCUAAAACACCUUAUCCUAUAACCUAUGAUAGUAAUGGAGUUCAAAUAACUGGCACUCCACUUGAUAAGUUCAAUGCGCGGAGUUCCAAUUUGAAGAGUUCCCUUGUUCAAGAGUAUCUUGCAUUCUUGAACUCUGCCAGCAGAGAAGAACUAUUGGAGCUAAAGGGGAUUGGACAGAAAAGAGCAGAUUAUAUAAUCCAGCUCAGAGAAACAAGCCCUUUUCAAUCGUUGUGUGACUUGGAGAAGAUGGGCCUUUCAUCCAAGCAGGCCCAUGAUAUCUUUAAGAGAGCAGCAAGAGGAAUCUUUAACUAACCAGAGAAUUUGCUCAGAAACUAGAGAAGGAAGAGAGAAAGAGAGAGAGAGAGAGAGAGAGA